UCCACCCACACAACAGGUUAUUAAAGCUGUGCUAAAUAAAAGUGAGAGGUAUAGUUUCCCCUGCUAAAGCCUGGUGGAGUUUUUGAGGCUGAGAAGAAACAAGAAGAGUCCAGUCAGCUGCCAUCUGUCCCGGGCUGGAUGUUUCAGCCACCACGGACAGCGCACAGCCUCAGCAGCGCUGUCCGUGGUGCCCGUAUUAAUUCCGUAUUAAUGCUUUUGUUUGUGAUUUCCAAAAAGAUCCACCUGAUGAAUAACAACCCUCAUAGAAAAUGAUGAAAGCAUGACCUAGGUAUCACGGUAUGUAUGUAGCCUAUAUAUAAUAUCCAUAGACAAGAGUUGGACAGUUAUAUCAUAUCUUAUCAUCCCUAAACUGAAUUUACCCUCCUUUCGUUUGCAGAAAUGGCCCACACUUCACCACCAGUAUAAAUGAAACUAUUCCUUCAUAGUCACCGCUACCAAAGUGGUUUUUACUACAAGGCUGGGGGCUUUAAAGGAGCGUAAAGCCAGUGAUUUUUGCUGGUGGUUGUUUUCUUGAUCACCAACCAAAAGUCGUUCAUCCACGUUUCCGCGCUACAAACUCACAACGGGCCACAUUCAGAGUCCCCGUAGGAGUGUUGCAGUGAUUUGAAGGCCUGCGGGUCAGUGGUCAUUGGUCCACAGGACCCUCAAGCAUCUCAGGCUGUAGCAGCCGCCUCCUUCUCUGCCACAAAAACGCCACACAGCAUUCACACCGGGCGGACUGCAGAUGAGACUCUCUCCUCAGGAGGAGGGAAAAAAGGAAGAAAAAAAAAACUUUUGGUCAGGAGAGUGCUUCAAGAGUCUGAUGGGCGGUGAUCUGAGGCUAAAGUGAUCAUUGGUUGUGUAUGGAUUAUCGAUAAGUGCAAAAAGGAACGCGUUCUGGCCAUUAAUUAUUUAUAUAUUCCUGUAAAGCGGCGGGGAUGCGAGAGAGACGCCACAGCGGCGAGGAUCGCCCGCUCUGAACCGAACCGGAGGAGUCACCGGCAGAUGAUGUCCCAAUGUGAGAGUGCUUCCAGAGGAGACGAAGGAGAGGACGAAGGAGGAUGAAGAAGGGGGGAGAGGGAUCGAGAGCGGCAGAGGUGGAAUAUAAUGAAGUUGAGUGGGAAAGGACUGUGCACCGUCUUCUCCAGCACCCUCCUCUUCGUGUGCGCCCUGAGCGAAGUUGUCGUUGGAUUAAGAUGCGUCUCGCUGGGAUCUACGGUGAAAGCGCAUUUCCACCUCGGCGCCGCGGCCGGGGCUUUCUACUCCGGGCUACUUGUGGGAAUCGGGCAGGUCCUGCUGGGCUCCGCGCUGCUCUGUUGCAUGGAGAAACCCGGCUGCAGGAAUUUCUUUCUCCUCGGGGUUGUGGUCUUCUUGUUGGGAGUCCUCACCGCCUUCUCCGGCGCGGUGGUGGACGGGGACACGGCUUCUCUGGUGGAGAGGAAAUAUUCCCAUUACUGCUUCCACUCUGUGGUUGUGAACCCUGCCUGCGAGCAGCUGAGGGAUUACCAGCGGAGUCUGGUCAUCUCCACUGUUCUCAGCACCUUGGAGUGCCUCCUCGGGCUCAUCAACCUGGUGAUCAUCAAAAGGUACAAAACAGCGCAGUUUUCUAGGAGCAGACAGUCUCAGAGGCAGCGCGCCGGGGCGAUCCUCUUCAGCGAGGAGCGGGACUGCUCCUCGGCGGAUUUCCAGCCGGUGUCUUAUAUCAAUUUGGGUGUUUUUAAUGUGUUUGACGAGACAGGUGCAGAAGUGCAGUGCGGGGGACACCCGUCAAUCGAGCUGCCGGGAUACUCGCCCACGGACCCGGAGCUCAAUCAUUGCUUCCCUUUCUCCUACCCGCUCCCCAGUGAACUACCGCCCGCUUACGAAGACAUUUUCCCCGCUGAGGCAUGCAACACAUAGCCGCUCUGGAGCAGCCCCAGCAGCGCUUUCUUCUGCUGUGACAAUCAGUGACUUUGUGCUUUAACAAUCCCCCUCUACUUCUCCUUCUCCCAACACCUCUCACCCCCCUCAACCAAAAAACAGUAAGUUACAGCAGCGGGACAGCAGCAGUGGAUUUGAAUUCGCCUGAUUCCUUCUCAUUCUGAUAUUUUCUUAGGCUACACCUGUCUGAUGGCUUAUGUUGUACAUCACCAGUCAGACUGAUGUAGAAGAGCAGAUCAAAGUGAUACAGGCCCAGGCAGCGCAGGCAGAUCAAGGCUCAUAAACGCAACAGCUUGCUAGUAUAACUAAAGCAGAGUUUGUGUUUUGAAUGUUUGCUGUUAACAUUUUUACUUGUGAAUAAAAAGUGUAUUUAACCUCA